AUGCAGGAACACAACCCAACAAAAUUACAACAGCACGUCAUGUCUACGCUCAGCUUCACCGUCCUCCGGAGAGAGCCCGUGCUCGUCGGCCCAGCGUCGCCGACGACACCGCGGGAGAAGAAACGCCUCUCCGACGUCGACGACCAAGACGAGCUGCGGUCGCACGUCCGCGGCAUCUUCUUCUAUCGCCGCGGUGGGCUCGCGCGUGGCGACCCCGUGGACACCAUCCGCCGAGCCUUGUCCGAGGCGCUGGUGCACUACUACCCGCUCGCCGGGCGGCUGCGCGAGGUGGAGGACCGGAAACUGGUCGUCGACUGCACCGGCCAAGGGGUGACGUUUGUCGAGGCGGACGCCGACGUGCGCCUGGUGGAUCUCGAGGCCGACGUGCCCGGGCUGAUGCCGCCAUUCCCGUGGAUUGAGGAGCUCUGCUUCGAGGUGGAAGGCUCCAACGCUGUGCUCAACUGCCCCUUGGUGGUCAUUCAGGUCACGCGGCUCCUGUGCGGCGGCUUCGCCGUGUGGCAUAGCUUCAACCACACCGUCGCCGACGCCACGGGAAUCAUCCAGUUCCUGAACGCCGUUGCCGAGCUCGCUCGAGGCCUCCCUGCGCCGACCGUCGCGCCUGCAUGGUCACGCGAGGUUCUUGACGCGCGAAGCCCCCCAACGCCCUCAUUCCCGCACCCGGAGUACGAUCAAGUGCCCCUGACGCCGACACCAACACAGGACGACAUUGUAAGGCGCGCCUUCGUGUUCGGACCUUCAGACGUCGCCGCAAUCAAGAAAGGCCUGCCGCCUCACCUCCGAGACAGGGCAACGAGCUUCGAGGUGCUCGCGGCGGUGCUGUGGCGCGCCCGCACAGCGGCGUUGAGGACGCUCCGGUCGGACGAGGAGGCGCGCCUGGUGACCGUCGUCAGCGUGAGGAGGCACAGCAGCGCCCUGCGCCUCCCCGACGGCUACUACGGCUUCGCUUGCGCGUACGUCACCGUGGUGAUGGCCGCCGGCACGCUGCUCAGCUGCUCAUUGGCGGACGUGGUGGAGCAGUUGCGGGAGGCCAAGGCGUCAGUGACACCCGAGUAUAUCCGCUCCAUGGCGGACCUUCUGGUGCUCCGUGGCCGGCCGUCUUUGGCGAGGGCAAACGUGUUCCUCCUGUCUGACCUCCGGCACGUUGGGUUCCAACGCGUGGACUUCGGGUGGGGCGAGCCGGUGUACAGCGGUCCCUCUCACGUGAACUUCCGGAAUGCCUUCUUUGUGGCUGUCAAGAACAGCGACGGGGCGGACGCGGUGGCCGUGCCGGUGGCACUGCCAACCAUGGCCAUGGACAAGUUCGCGGCGGAGAUCCAGAGCUUGCUCAAGGAUAGUAUUAAACAGCCCUAG